ACAACUGAAUAUAGAAUCAGUAUUCUCCCAAAAUCUUUAUUCCAUUAAACUCUUCAUGGUAUCAGAGCAGGUUGCUCACUGCAUCUGAAUAUCCUAUUUGAACCUUGCUUUCUCAAUAUUUUUUUGAUUAUCCAACAGUUUUUCAUGGCCAAGAACAAAAGCACUCUCACUAUCCAAAAUUUCCAUCAAAUGGCAAGUUUGGUAUCUGUCAAAUUAUCAAGUACCAAUUUCUUGCUGUGGAAAUCUCAAGUUUACCCACUGAUUCGAAGUGCUCAGCUUCUCUAUCAUUUGGAAGAAGCAGCACCAGUGCAGACUAUCAUCAAGGACGGCAAUGAAAUGGGUAAUCCAGAAUAUGAUGUCUGGUUAAGUAACGAUGGAUUGCUUACCAGUUGGAUUCUUGGAACCAUGAACGAAGAAUCACUUAGUUUGGUCGUUGGCUAUGACUCAGCUCUACAAAUUUGGAGGUGCCUUGAAGAGCAUUAUCUGGCGUCUUCAAAAGAAAGUGAAUUGCAUCUCAAGGGACAAUUGGCUACCAAGCGAGGAGAUGGUGAAUCACUUAAUGAUUUCAUCAGAAAGUUUAAAAGGACAUGUGAUAAUCUAGCUGCUAUUUGCAAACCUGUUGCUAACCUUGAUAAAGUCUUUCAACUCUCCAGAGUUGUGGGAACUCGUUAUCAACCUUACAACCUUGCUGUUCUCUCAAAAGCACCAUAUCCUACCUUCAAUCAAUACACUUCAGGCUUACUAAACAAUGAACGAGAUCUGCAGCAAUCCUGCACCACAACAAAGCGUGUUACAAAAGAAAUUUCAACCAAAGACUGUGACAUCACAAGGUUUGAUCAUGCUUACCAAAGUGAAGAAUUACCUCAAGCACUUGCAAUAAUUACUCUGGAAGAUGACAAGGAUCAAACCUUCUAUGCAGACACCGGAGCCAGUGAUCAUAUGACCUCAGGGACAAGUAAUCUUAUUUUUAAAAGGCCUUAUAAUGGGAAGCAAAAUGUUUAUACAGGUGAUGGAACACCUUUGCACAUCACUCACAUUGGAUCCACGUCUGUUGGUCCAUUAAAACUUAAUAAUGUCUUAGUUGUUCCUAAUCUUAAAAAGAAUCUUAUUUCCAUUAGCAAGUUUACUGAAGAAAAUCCAUGUAUCUUUGAGUUCUCAUCUUCUGGUUUUGUGGUUAAGGAUCAAAUAACACAGGCGAUACUGACCAAAGGCACUAGAAAGGGCCAACUCUAUGCCUUAGAUGAAGGGGAAAAAUAUGCUCUUGCAACAUUGACAAAUAAGGCUGUUGACACCAUAUGGCAUCAACGCCUUGGACACCCCAAUUCUCGCAUUUUAAAGAAUUUAUCGUCAAAGAAAAACAUUGUAGUGUCAAGAUGGACUACACCUCCCCACUUAUGCACAAGUUGCCAAAUGGGGAAGAGCUGUAAAUUGCCAUUCACAAGAAAUAAUGAAAGAGCGAAAUUCCCUUUUCAUAAAAUACAUUGUGAUCUUUGGGGACCCUCUCCUGUUCAAUUGACUCAUCAUUUUCUAUAUUAUGUAAUCUUUGUGGAUGACUAUAGCAGCACAGCAUUCCUUAAUCACUUGGCAGAGUGUGGCAUUCAACAGCAAGUUUCAUGCCUUGGAACUCCAGAACAGAAUGGAGUUGCAGAAAGGAAACACAGGCAUAUCAUUAAGACAGAUCUUACAAGUGAGGAGGAGCAGUCUCAACUCGCCAUUGACAGAAUUAGUGCAAUUCCAUUAGUUAAUGAGGAUGAGUCAUCACAACAGAGUCAAGACAAUGGAACAAUAAGGACAAUAGAAAAUAAUAAUAGUCCUAUGCUUUCUCCUACAGAAGAAAAUCAAAGCGAACUAGUACCUGAAGACCAAGGAAAUGAAAUUCAAUAUCAAAGAACCCAAGAACAGUCUGGAAACUUGGAAAUUAUUGAAGUAAUGGUUCUGAAUCGGAGUGGCGUGUCACCACCUUCUUACAACAAUGUUUCUAUUUCUACUCAUCCUAUGCAAACAAGAGCCGGUACAGGAGCUCAUACUGGACAUGUUAAAACCAUAUUUCCAAAGAAUGCAAAUACCAUGGUCAAAGCAAUGCAAGAAGAAAUUGAUGCUCUGCAUAAAAAUAACACCUGGACGUUAGUGCCACCACCAUCAGAGACAAAUAUAGUUGGGUCUAGAUGGGUUUUCAAAACCAAGCUUAACCCAAAUCAUACGGUGGGAAGGUUUAAAGCUCGUCCAGUAGCUAGAGGCUUUUCCCAAAUGCCAGGAGUGGACUUUGAGGAAACAUUUAGUCCUAUUCUUAAACCAACAACACUCCGGUUGGUUCUUGCCUUUGCGACAACUCUAGAAUGGCCAUUAAGGCAACUUGAUGUAAAGAAUGCCUUCCUCCAUGGCAAGCUCAAGGAAAUGGUUUAUAUGACACAACCACCAGGUUUUGAAGAUCCCAAAUAUCCUCACUAUGUGUGUCAACUCAAUUGCUCCAUCUAUGGUUUAAAGCAAGCUCCCAAGGCCUGGUUUGACACAUUCACACUAUACCUACUAAAAAUGGGUUUUCAUUGCAAUCAAGCUGAUUCUUCAUUCUUUGUUCUUCAUAAUCCAAAAGGAACAGCUUUUCUGCUUGUCUAUGUGGACGACAUUGUGCUCACGACUAGCUCCGAUGAUCUACUUUAGAACAUAAUUUCUCAUCUUAGUAGGGAAUUUGCUCUUAAGGAUCUUGGUGAUCUUCAAUAUUUCCUUGGUAUUGAGGUUGAUAAGUUUUCUGGUGGCAUAUUUCUAUCUCAAGCUAAGUAUGCUCAUGACAUUCUUACUCGAGCUUCAAUGUUGGAGGCAUCAUCCAUAGCUACUCCAUUAGCAACAAAGGAAAACACUACCUCAAGAGAUUGUGACCUCGUUGAUGCUCAUGAAUAUAGACGGAUUGUAGGG